AUAAAACGGCAGCUUAACUCCGCCACUCACCCACGACGACGACCAUCACUUGCUCAUUCUGCGAAGCAUCUGACCAGCACGCAGCAUGGACCCUUGCGACUGCUCCAAGACUGGAACCUGCAAAUGCGCCGGAUCUUGUACAUGCACCAACUGCUCCUGCACCACUUGCAAGAAGAGCUGCUGCUCUUGUUGCCCCGCCGGAUGCAGCAAGUGUGCAUCGGGCUGCGUGUGCAAAGGGAAGACGUGUGACACGAGCUGCUGUCAGUGAGGAGCUUCUGCCUUCAUCUGGAUGCAACCGUCAUUUGAUUCGCUGAUUUGAUGGGCACCUGCCCUGUCUGUCAUGUAUUUUGUAUUUGAUCAGGACUGAAAUAAAUGCUUUCCUUAAUGUGAA